AUGGCUCCACAGACUGGCUCCACUGCAAAGGAGACGCGACCUGUUUCAGCCUUUCGACAGCUUUUCACUUGGGAGGAGAUCAGAAUCAACAAUGGUCAUGGAGAAGGUCAGGAGAAAUGGCUGGUGAUUGACAGGAGGGUGUAUGAUGUCAGCAAGUUUUCCAAACAACACCCUGGAGGGAGCCGAGUUAUUAGCCACUAUGCUGGGCAAGAUGCUACGGAUGCCUUUGUAGCAUUUCACAAUGAUAAGUCUCUGGUGAAAAAAUACUUGAAAUCUCUGCUGAUUGGGGAGUUGGCACCAGAUCAACCCAGCUUUGAGUCUAAUAAAAAAAAAUCGCUUUUAGAGGAUUUUCGUGAGCUGCGCUGCACUGUUGAGAAGAUGGGACUUCUGAGGCCAAAUUACACCUUUUUCUUCUUGAUUUUCCUUCACCUCCUGGUACUGGAUGCUGCGUCCUGGCUCGUGGUCUGGUACUUUGGGAUAUCCUUAGUGCCUUUUUUGGUUGGCAUUGUGUUCUUCACCAUUGCUCAGAUCCAGAUGGGCUGGUUCCAGCAUGAUCUAGGGCACUGCUCUGUCUUCAGGAAGCCUAAAUGGAAUCGACUUCUGCAGGUUGUUGUGAUAAAUCUUCUGAAGGGGUUAUCUGCCAGCUGGUGGAAUCACCUGCACAACCAGCACCAUGCCAAACCCAACUGCUUCCGCAAAGACCCUGACCUCAACAUGCACCCUCUCCUCUUCAGCUUGGGAAAGACACUCUCCAUAGAGCUUGGAAAAAAGAAGAAGAAGUUUAUGCCUUACAAUUAUCAGCAUAAGUAUUUUAUCUUAUUGGCCCCACUUGCACUGGUACCCUUCUUCCAGCUGUCUAUAUUCUACUUUGCAGUGAAGAGGAAAAAAUGGUUGGACCUGCUACUGAUUGUGUCUUUCAACAUCCGAGUCUGUCUCAUGUAUAUUCCUGUAAUGGGAUUUAACAAUUUCAUGGUCUACUAUUGGCUCUCCAGGUACUUGGAGAGUACCUGGUUUAUUUGGGUGUCACAGAUGAAUCACAUUCCCAUGGAUAUUGAUUAUGAUAAGAACAAAGACUGGGUAUCUACUCAGCUCCACGCAACAUGCAAUGUGAAUCAAUCUUUGUUCAAUGACUGGUUCACCGGGCACUUGAACUUCCAAAUUGAGCACCACCUUUUCCCCACAAUGCCUCGACACAACUACUGGAAAGCAGCUCCUCUGGUGAAAGCCCUUUGCGAUAACCAUGGCAUUGAGUAUAAAAGCAAGACUUUACUGACAGCUUUUGUAGAUAUUUUGCAUUCACUGAAGGAUUCUGGGGAGCACUGGCUUGAAGCGUAUCUGCAUGGAUAG